GGCGCCACCGCGACCAAAUCCCCACCGCGCCCGACCCCAGCCCCCCGCUCUCUCUCUCUCUCUCUCUCUCCGUCUGUGCCCUAUCGAGACCCUGAAGAAAGACCAAUCUCUCGAUCUUUCCAUGGCCGGAAGGGGCCGCCCCGCCCAUGCCUUACCGGUCCGAGGCUCACCGCCUUCACUCCUUGGCCGCCCCCCGCCUCGUGCUGCCAUCCACCCCGCCGAUGAGCCCCUUCUAGUCCGCCGCGCCCCAGUCCCCUCCUCGAUUCUCGCCCUCGAGGACCGGCUCGCCGCUCAGCACCGGCAGAUCCAGGUGCUCCUCGUCGACAACCAGCAGCUCGCCGCUUCUCAUGUUGCGCUCAAGCAGGAUCUCAGUGCGUCCAAGCACGAACUCCGUCUCGCCGCCGCCUCGGCAGCCGAGACCAAGGCUGCAAAGGACGCCGAGGUACGCGAGGUCUAUGAGCGAUCGCUCAAGGCGGAGGCGGAGGCGCGGGCGUUAGAGGGGAUGCGGGCCGAAUUGGCGCAGGUGCGAUCCGAUGUCCAGAGUCUGGGAGCCGUGAGGCAUGAGCUCGUUGAGCAGCUGCAGGGGCUCAAAGGGCAACUGUCGAGUGCUCGAGCGGAGCACAAGCAGGCGGACACAGUCAUGGCUGAGAUAGAGAUCAUGCGCAAGGAGAUCCAAAAGGGCAGGGCUGCAAUAGAAUUUGAGAAGAAGGUACAUGCUGAUAACACCGAACAGAGUCAGAUAAUGGAAAAUAAUAUGGUGUUGAUGGCUCGUGAGAUUGAAAAAUUACAUGCUGAACUUGCCAACACGGAGAAGAAAGCACAAGUAGCGGCUGCGGCCUCAGCUAACUCAGGUUCAGGAUAUGCUGGAACUUAUGGAAACCCAGGGAUGGCUUAUGCAGCGAAUUUUGCUGGCCCACAUAAUUUCCACCAGGUUCAGAGAACCGUUGAUAAUGACCCUCAAUUUGGAUCAUCAGCUGUUCCUCAUGGUCAAUAUGACAUCCAGCAGACGUAUGCUCGUAGAUAAUUGCUAAUUCAAUUCACCAAAUAUGCUUGAGGUGCUUCUCCUACAUCUGGCAAUUGCAUGCGCAAGUAAAGUCGACAAUUCCUCCAUCGGGUGUUACAGUGGCCUUUUUCCGGACUUUGGUGGACCGGAUUGCUGUCAGCGGCCUUUUUGCGGGCUUUAGACAUGCUUAAGAAAUCCAUGUGACUUGAACAAGGCAUAUUGUGUUAAGUUAUUCUAACUAUUCUCUUUUUUAGAUGAUAUAGAAUCUUGAUCUCUUUUUUUUGGAACCUAUAUUAUUCAUGUAACAUAUGGAUAAUUUUUUUUUUCCAAGAUGGCCAUCUUUUUUUUAAUUUUUA